CUAACCUUACUCUUUUCUUUCGCGACGCGUUACUUUUAUAAUGAUGCUUUCUUUGCUAAUUGUUUGCUUUUAGAUAGGUAUUAAAAUAUAUUUUGUAUGCAAUAAGUAGUUGUGAAUAAAUCUAAAAUGUGAAGUGAAACACCGUGUGAUAAUUACAGUGACCAUACACGCUAAUAAAAUAACUUGAUACUAAGUAUAUAAUCUAACACGGCAACAAAAAAUUCGUUUUAUCUAAUUAGAUAAGAAGCAGAAAAGAAUUUUGAAAAUGCAGUGUUGUGUGCCUUACUGCAAAAAUACUUCGGACAAUGUGUCCACAUCACACGAGGAGGGGAAGGCGAUUAGUUUUCAUGGUUUCCCCAGUGAAGUGAAUCUCCGUGGGGCUUGGCUCAGAGCCCUCGGCAAACAAGACAACCUGCCAGACUCUGCUGUGGUCUGCUCGCAGCAUUUUCUAAAUGAUGAAAUCUAUGAAACAGACAGUGGUGUAAGGCAAAUUAGUACUGGUGCUAUUCCUUCAACAGUGCAGGUUUGCAUGAUAUGCCUAGACACUGACAGCAAGCUGUAUCUAAUGAGUAAACACAAAUUGGAAGAAGCUUAUGAAAAUUUAACCGGACAUCCUUUGUGUGAUCAAGGAAACCUAAAACAAACACUUUGCAUACAAUGUGCUCAGAGAUUAAUAAACUUUAGCAGAUUCAGAGACAAGAGCUUGAGAGCCCGUGCACUGAUGAUGGAUUUAGUUGAAAAACAUGAAUUAAUAACAAGCCAACACAUAGAAAUGAUAAACUGCACAAAACACCAACUAAAGAGUAAUAUGGUGUUGACAUCACUAGGACCUGACCACUGUGACUUGCACAUACUAGAACACCUCCCGGAAGACAAUCAGACAGAAUUAGUGGAGACAAGUCACAUACUUGAAGUAAAACCUGAAGGAAGUGAUGAUUCUAUGUCGGUUGAUGAAGACACAGCAGUGAUGAAUGAAGGUGGCAGUAAUAUUUAUGAUUUUGUUCAGUAUCCAUUAGAGUACGAAGAUGCUUUCUUUCAUUGUGCACUUUGUUUGGAGGAAUUUGUCCAUGAACAUGCAUACAUGCAACAUAUGAGCAUGCAUCUGCAGAAUGAUGACGGUGAUGGUGAAUGUGACACGUCACAAGUGUGCAAGCCUCAUACAGCUGUGAGCUCGAGCUGCUCACACUCUUCACUCAUCUCUGAGAACAAGCAGGCAGACCCCAGCCCUUCCGCACACGCCGCGGAGACCUUAGCCGUUCCUCUGUCCGCGAGUCUUGCAACAAUCAACGAGAUAAAGGAGCCAUCAACUGAGGAUGCCGAUAUGUACAACAGUUGCCAGUACAAAAGACUAACAGAUUGUUUUGUCAAACUAUAUGAUAUUUUCUCUGAGAAAGUUGUCCCAAGACAAGACAGAUCACUGACGAAAACACAUGAAGCUGUUAGAUCUUGUGUGAGUCAGAACAUUGCCUCUCAAGAUAUCAGUUAUCAGGCGACGAGUCAGAGUGGAGUCCUUACAACAGAAUACAAUGAACCAGUCACCAAUAAAGAGAACCUCACUGUAUCAAAAAGUGUGUACAUUUGUGACUUUUGUCAAAAAGUUUUUGAACUAAGAUGGGUCCUAGUAAAACACAUUCAGCGUCACGCGUUAGUAAAAAGAUUUAAUUGCGAGAUUUGCCACUACAAAUGCAGAUAUAAAAGUUGUUUUAUAUUACACAUGAGAACUCACACUGGUGAAAAACCAUAUUCUUGCAAGUUAUGCAAGUAUAAAUGUAACCGAAGUAAUCAUUUAGUGGUGCACAUGAGAACUCACACUGGUGAAGAACCAUAUUCUUGCAAGUUAUGCAAGUAUAAAUGUAACGAAAAGAGUAGUUUAGUGAGGCACAUGAAAACUCACACUGGUGAAAAACCAUAUUCUUGCAAGUUAUGCAAGUAUAAAUGUAACAAAAAGAGUAAUUUAGUGAGGCAUAUGAGAACUCAUACUGGUGAAACCCCAUAUCAUUGCAAGUUAUGCAAGUAUAAAUGUAAACGAAAUGGUCAUUUAGUGGAGCACAUGAGAACUCACACUGGUGAAACCCCAUAUCAUUGCAAGUUAUGCAAGUAUAAAUGUAAACGAAAUGGUCAUUUAGUGGAGCACAUGAGAACUCACACUGGUGAAACCCCAUAUCAUUGCAAGUUAUGCAAGUAUAAAUGUAAACAAAAUAUUGAUUUAGUGGUGCACAUGAGAACUCACACUGGUGAAGAACCAUAUUCUUGCAAGUUAUGCAAGUAUAAAUGUAACGAAAAGAGUAGUUUAGUGAGGCACAUGAAAACUCACACUGGUGAAAAACCAUAUUCUUGCAAGUUAUGCAAGUAUAAAUGUAACGAAAAGAGUAGUUUAGUGAGGCACAUGAGAACUCACACUGGUGAAAAACCAUAUUCUUGCAAGUUAUGCAAGUAUAAAUGUAACCAAAAGAGUAGUUUAGUGAGGCACAUGAAAACUCACUCUGGUGAAAAACCAUAUUCUUGCAAGUUAUGCAAGUAUAAAUGUAACGAAAAGAGUAGUUUAGUGAGGCACAUGAGAACUCACACUGGUGAAAAACCAUAUUCUUGCAAGUUAUGCAAGUAUAAAUGUAACCGAAGUAAUCAUUUAGUGGUGCACAUGAGAACUCACACUGGUGAAGAACCAUAUUCUUGCAAGUUAUGCAAGUAUAAAUGUAACGAAAAGAGUAGUUUAGUGAGGCACAUGAAAACUCACACUGGUGAAAAACCAUAUUCUUGCAAGUUAUGCAAGUAUAAAUGUAAUGAAAAGAGUAGUUUAGUGAGGCACAUGAAAACUCACACUGGUGAAAAACCAUAUUCUUGCAAGUUAUGCAAGUAUAAAUGUAACGAAAAGAGUAGUUUAGUGAGGCACAUGAGAACUCACACUGGUGAAAAACCAUAUUAUUGCAAGUUAUGCAAGUAUAAAGGUAACCAAAAGAGUGAUUUAGUGAGGCACAUGAGAACUCACACUGGUGAAAAACCAUAUUCUUGCAAGUUAUGCAAGUAUAAAUGUAAUCGAAAUAGUAAUUUAGUGGUGCACAUGAGAACUCACACUGGUGAAAAACCAUAUUCUUGCAAGUUAUGCAAGUAUAAAUGUAACGAAAAUAGUGAUUUAGUUAAACACAUGAGAACUCACACUGGUGAAAAACCAUAUUCUUGCAAUUUAUGCAAGUAUAAAUGUUACCAAAAUAGUGAUUUAGUGAGGCACAUGAGAACUCACACUGGUGAAACCCCAUAUCAUUGCAAGUUAUGCAAGUAUAAAUGUAACGAAAAGAGUAGUUUAGUGAGGCACAUGAGAACUCACACUGGUGAAACCCCAUAUCAUUGCAAGUUAUGCAAGUAUAAAUGUAACGAAAAGAGUAGUUUAGUGAGGCACAUGAAAACUCACACUGGUGAAAAACGAUAUCAUUGCAAGUUAUGCAAGUAUAAAGGUAACCAAAAGAGUGAUUUAGUGAGGCACAUGAGAACUCACACUGGUGAAAAACCAUAUUCUUGCAAGUUAUGCAAGUAUAAAUGUAACGAGAAGAGUAGUUUAGUGAGGCACAUGAGAACUCACACUGGUGAAACCCCAUAUCAUUGCAAGUUAUGCAAGUAUAAAUGUAAACAAAAUAGUCAUUUAGUGGUGCACAUGAGAACUCACAUUGGUUAAAAAUCGUACUGUUGUAAAUUAUGUAAGAGUUUUGUAUCGUUCUUUAAUUUUUGAGAUACCUUUCAUCAUAUAGGGUGGUAGUGAGUUCUCAUGUAAGUUACAUGAGAACUCACUGCUAAAGCGUCAUCUCCACGGACAAGAGAAUCGCGGCGAUAGUCUCCACAGGGCGGUACUGUCGCGGCGAGUCGACGAGUGACUCUAGGCGAGUAUGUCGUCACGGACUCGUCUCGCGCGAUGCCAUUGAAGCACAUUUCUCACUAUAGGAUAUUUAAAAUAUAUCAUAGCCCGGUCAAUAUAGACAUACAAGAAUACAAUUAUACGCGUAGAGAUCAUACAUACUACAACAAAUUGGUACGAAAUAAAUUGUGAAAAAUCCCCAUUGAUCCCACAUUUGCAAAAAGUAUAUUUGAGGUUAAAGUUCACAAAAAUGAGUGUUUUGCAUCUUCCAGAUAAAAGGUUUAUCAUGAAACAGGUAAGACAUAAAUUGUAGAUCAUAAAAGUAUCUACUAAAGUUUUUUUUUUUUUUC